GGCGCGUAUCGGGUUUUAGCGCUGGCGUUUUGUUUGGUUUGUUGACGCAAGGUCUCCCGCAGUCACCUGAAAGUUAUUUAUAAAUCGCUUUUAUCAAACGUCGAAAGCGAUUUUUGACAUCGCGGCUUUGUGAAAAUGCCGAACAUCGUAAAUGAAAUCAAAUUGGAUUUUAAAGACGUUCUUCUCAGGCCUAAGAGAUCUACUUUGAGGAGCCGCAGCGAUGUCAACUUACAUAGAAACAUUACCUUUAGAAAUUCCAAACAAACUUAUGUUGGAGUGCCCGUCAUGGCUUCCAACAUGGACACCGUUGGGACGUUUGAGAUGGCGAAAGCUUUAGCAAAGUACAGUUUAUUCACCUGCAUUCAUAAGUACUAUUCGCCCGACGAAUGGAAAAAAUUCUCGCAGGAGAAUCCGGAAUGUCUGAAGCACGUUGCGGCCAGCGCUGGUAUGGGCGAAAACGACUUCAAUAGAUUAUCCGAAGUUCUCCAAGCCGUUCCUGGUAUCACAUUCAUUUGUUUAGACGUAGCCAACGGUUAUUCUCAACAUUUCGUCGACUUUGUGCGAAAAGUGCGGACAAACUUUCCAAGUCAUACAAUAAUAGCAGGUAAUGUAGUGACGGGAGAGAUGGUGGAGGAACUUAUCCUCUCGGGAGCCGACAUUAUCAAAGUUGGAAUCGGACCGGGUUCAGUUUGCACAACCCGAAUGAAAACUGGUGUGGGGUAUCCCCAACUGUCUGCUGUGAUCGAAUGUGCCGAUGCCGCACACGGUCUCCAGGGGCACAUAAUUUCCGAUGGCGGAUGUACGUGCGCCGGUGACGUUGCAAAAGCUUUCGGGGCUGGGGCGGACUUUGUGAUGGCUGGCGGAAUGUUUGCUGGUCACGACCAAUGCGACGGAGAAGUUAUUGAAAAAAACGGCAAAAAAUUUAAAUUGUUUUAUGGAAUGUCUUCCCAAACGGCAAUGGAGAGACACGCGGGUGGAGUUGCGGAUUAUCGUGCGUCCGAAGGAAAGACGGUGGAAGUGCCCUAUAAAGGUAACGUGGAGGCUACAAUCCAGGAUAUUCUAGGUGGUCUUAGAAGCGCGUGCACUUAUACGGGUGCCGGAAAAUUGAAGGAGUUACCAAGGAGAGCUACAUUUAUAAGAUGUACUCAACAGUUAAAUAAUAUUUACACCUAGUUGAAUUUAUGUAACAGUAUUUACCUUAAAUAGCUUUUAUUCUCAUUACAAAAAGUGUAUGUAUAUAAGAAUCAAAGGUGCCGUUUGUACGAUUACGAUUAUGUAUUACAAUAAUUGAUUUUCAUUAAACGAAUUGAAUAAUCCAAGAUUUAUGCACAAUAGUCGCUGGCAACAUUCGAACAAGUGGAUAAUGCUAUGACAUCAAUAAAACAUUAUUGAAUUAUGUUCAAACUGAAUUUGAAAAUUUUAAAAAUUUAUGGUAAUCCAAAUUAAACGCAUAUGAAGCAAUUUGAUGACUGUCUUUUAU